UCCAGGCAAUUCGAAUAAUGUCAAUGUCAUAAUUAGUUGCAAGUCACAUGUGUCAAGCAAUGCCGGAAAAACAGCAACUUCGAUUAAGGACACAAGUCGCUCGCCGGUUGCCGCCGCAGCAAAAAAUUCUUCGCGAAAACCAAAGAGAGUGGUCGAAUUCAAUGAUAUCGAUUCCGAGAUAAUCAGAACUCCCGGUACUGGCAAUAAAGAAAGGGUCCACAUUUCGGCGGAUGGUUCACAAGAUCUUACGGAGGGAAGAAAGAACAGAUCCGUUAAAUUUCAAUUGCUGGAUAGAAAUGAGGAAUGGCAUUCAAAGGAGCGGAGUGAAAUUUUCAACGAAAAGGUUCACGAAGAACGUCGAAAAUUAAAAAUGAAAUUACAACAACUAAUGGUUGAAACCGAUACUGGCGGGCUAACGGUUUUUACCAAAGGUACGGCCGAUGCCGCACAAGGGUCGACCUUCCAGUGGAAAGGAUCCCUUUGCAAGGCGGACCCAAUCCAAAAUAUUGCAACUGUGAAUAUAAAGCCUUUCCCGGGAAGAAGGGAGGUUAUGAGUAACGAUCGAGUGUGGAUGAAAAGCUACAUAACACUUUCCUACGCCUGGGAGAUAAUCGAUCCCGACCUUAAGGUAAAUUUAUAUGUAGUUGAACCCAUCAAAAAGGCAACUUCGGUGCGUAAUAUAAGCGAAGAAUAUGUUUUUAUGAAAGACAAUGAGAUAGUCGGCGUGAUUUGGUUAAACGCCGAAAAAACAUCGUGUUGGUUUGUCUUUCCGACUACCAACAAAUUGGCGGAAAGGCUGAAGUUAGUAGAACGCCCCAACGUCCCAUACGUCAUUUAUGAGAAAAUAUUACCCGACAAUGCGAUUGUUGCCAGGGAACAUGAGGGGAUUUUCAACGACGAGAUCAUCCAGAAUAAUCCAUCACUUCUAAACAUUGAAGCCUCUAUUUAUAUCAAUAAUUAUCACAAAAUCAUGGAGAUAUGCAAGAGUCCCGGCGUGAGGUACAUGAAUUUUGCUCCUGAUCCAGAUGAGUGUUCAGAAGUCAAGGACAUGAUAAAUAUUAUGGAUUAUUUGGGCGCCGUGCACAACAAAGACUACAACGACGAUAUUGAACUUGUUUUAGCAAGUGUUCAUUGUCUUUAUGAGAAACAGCUACUUUUCAUGGAAAAUCUAUCGAAUCUCAAGCGAUUGCCUAAUUGCAAGUUUCGCGAGUACGGGGUCAACCCAAAAUCUCGAGAGUCGCACAACUUUGAAGAGUUUUUUCCACAAGGAGGAAUUUUAACAGUCACCACAGCGGUGUUCAUUAAAGAGCAAGAGGUAAUAAGUCGAAUACUUGCCGUCAUGAAACAUCAAAACAAGGUCCAUGAUGGAUCAAGGUGGGAGCUCGUUUUAAAUGAGAACAUAUUGGAAUAUCUGACCUACGUCGUGAAUUCGAUGGAAACUCGGUG